UUCCAGUUUACCGAUUGAGUGGUAGAGUGGGAAUUUCAGCAACUCCUCCUACAUAAAAAAAGACCUUAUUUAUGACAAACUUUCCCCCCUGUGCCACACAUCUCAACUGAUUUUCUGAGCAGCUCCAUCAGGCAGACAGAAAAUACAUCAUGGCAACAUCCGAUGGUUUUCCUGCCAGUUUCUAUGGAGAACCAGGAGUGUUAGGAAUGCUUUCCAACGGGAUCAGCGCCUUCCUGGUUCUCCUGCAGAACUUCAACACAGCUCACACCACCUAUGCACCAGAGGGGGUGGAGAACAUUCUUGCUGGAGUUCAUCUCAUCCUGAUUGGGGGCAUUUGUCAGUUGGUUGCUGGAAUGCUUUCUUUUCGCAAAUACGACCACUUGAGCGGCACUGCUUUUAUUGGCUAUGCUGCUUUAUGGUGCAGUUAUGGUGCCACUAGAAUCUACUAUGGCUCCACAUCUCCAAACGGAAGUUAUAAUUUGACGACCACAAAUAUGACGAGCGCAGGGUUAGUCUUAGAUAAAUCUGCAAUCGCCGGACUGGUUCCUUACAUCCUCCUUUCUUUUCUCCUGGCGUUUUGUUCUGCGACUGUUAACUACAUCAUGCCUUUUGUCUUUGGCGCCAUCACGGGCACUUUAGUCUUCGAAGCAGCAGCCCUGGUAACGGGCUCCUGGGCUCUCAUCGUCUCCGGCGUUUUGGAGUUGAUCAUUCUGAUCUUUGCCAUCUACGGCUCAGCUGCUCUGCUUGUUAAAGGUCUAACUCAGCGUCACGUCCUCAAAGGGUUUGGCACCCCUCUCUUUAAUGUUCUCCUGCUAGGAACCGCCAACUCAGCAAGUGCACAGAGUAUUGGCCAAGAGAAGAAGAAGAACACAAAAUACGCCGAGCCCAUGGCUCUGGGUUUCUUCUGUGACUCCGUUUCUCCGUUCAUCUUUGCUUUCUACAGUUUUGGAUACAUGAAAUCCUUCAUUUUGAGUGUCGCUUGGGUAUCAAUCAUCUCAGUUGCUCAGCUGUUCUCCAGUUACUACGCCCAUUUACGCCAGGAUUGCUACCAUGCAACCAAGUUUGGGUUUCAUGCUGCUUUCUGGCUGAUCAAGGCCUGGGAGGAGUUUGUGAUAUCUAGUCUGAUUGUGGACAAUGACGCCGUUGCUUCUGGAAGGGAAGCCAUGGUGGGAGAUUGGUUCUUUGUGGUGGCAGGCUUAGGUCUUUGCAUGGGCAGCCUGAAUAUGGACGUCUUGGAGCUGAUCCACAACAUGUUCUUCGUCCUACUCACGGUUGCAGCAGUUCCCCAGAUUCCUCUGCAGGGUUACUACAUCUUCUUUGGUGUAGCCUGCUCCCUUUUCACUGCCGCCUCCAUCUAUGGCACGUUCUCUCGUCUCAUCAACACCAUUGCAGAGAAGUCGCUCAUCCCGGUAGGACCACAACCAAUCUCUACUGAGCAACUACGAAAGGGUUUAGGGUGUAGAAGGUCCGUGCGGGGAGAGCAGACGGUUCUACCCUUCAACGACCAAACUACUGAUGCUCUGUUCUACAUUUCCAAUGGGGUUGCCUCACUGUCGGCGCUUCAUUCAAGAUUGUCAAGCAGAAACCCCACUCUCCUUCAUCUCACUGUCCCCUGGGUCCUCAUCUCUGGGGCGAUCAUCCAAGCUUAUGUCAGCAGACUCCAGGUCACGGGAGGUGGCCGGUUCGGGUCGGUCAUCUCGUCCAUCUAUGUGGCUUUGUGGGCAACGUGGACCUGGUUUAGGUUUUCAGGUGUCCUGGUUCUAGAUUCACAGUCUCCAGAAGCAGCAUACGGUUUCACGGCAGGAGCCAUUGCUUUCCUCGUCAUUAAUGCUUUCCUAAUGUGGAUCGCUGCUCACAGAAACCUGGUCUUGCUUUUUCUAACAAUAAUAAUGGAGGUCGUUUUGGUCUGUUUUCUGCUCUCCACUCUGCAACGACUGCCAUAUGAACUUGAAAUGGCCAUGCUUGCACUGGUGUCAAUCGUUUGUGCCUACGGAGCUAUGGCUUCACUGAUGAACUGCAUCUUCUCCCAAUGCCUAAUACCAAUGGGCUCUCCACUUGUUAAGGAAAAGACGAAGCAGGAAACAUUCGUAGAGCCUCCCUGUCCAGUAGCUAAGUCGCGCCUCACCAGCGGCCUGUUAAAGAUUGCUGGUUUUCUGGAGGAGGGGGGAGUGUGUGGCAUUCCCACAGACACUGUCUACGCUUUGGCUGCUUCCUGUAAAAACCCUCAGGCGAUAGAGAAAAUCUACAACAUUAAAGACCGACCUGCAGAGAAACCCAUCUGCAUUUGUAUUUCUAGUGUGGAGCAGCUGGUAGCAGCCAAGCCUCCGUUCAGUCCUUUGUUGUGGGAAUUCAUGAGGAACGUGUACCCUGGGGGCAUCAGCUGCAUUGUUAGCAAAGGAGACUGGCUGCUUAAAUUAGGAGUGGGUCUGGCUUAUGACCGGGUUGGCACUAGGGACAGCAUCAUGAUCCGUGUCCCAGACCACACGGUGACCUGCCACUUGUGUGACAUCACCGGACCCCUCGCCAUCACCUCCGCCAAUCCUAGCGGAGAGCCAGACAGCACCCACCAUUCCAUGGUCAUCGAUCGACUCGGUCACAAGAUCCAGGGAGUUCUGUGUGAUGGGAACUCCAAUGAAGUUGUGGCCUCCACUGUGGUCAACUGCCUAAGAAUUAACGAAGGUACCAUCACUAUUGUGAGAGAGGGAUGUGUUCCUGCUGUCAAAGUCCACCAGAUCUUCGAAAGAGUUAAAAGCUCCAUGGCGUGAGGAGCUCUUCCUCUCAUUCAACAGAAUGACUGAAAAGUCAAGCUAUUUAUGUUAAAAAAUGUCAUUUUUAACACUUUUAACAAGCAGAUCAUAGAGAAAAAAAACAAAGAUUAUCUGUUUGUUAUUGAUUCCACUGUGUAAAUAUAUAUUUAUGCACCUAACUUAUAAGUGAGGGCACUUUCUGGGUAAAAAGUUGAAAUGGAACGGGAUUGUCUUCCUCUCAUCCAUGUAUUUGGGCUCACUUGGCUUUUUGUAUAUAAUAAAUGUGCUGUGUAAAUAAAAUAUAUAUAUAUUUAAAUGACUUGGUUUUGUGCUUGUGGACUUAGAACUAAAGUUUUCCAAGGUAUAAUAAAAGGCAUCAAAUAAUUUCCCAACA